UAAGAGGUUAAAGAAGAAGAAUACGAAAAGUUUGUCUAGUUUUGUGUUGAUUUCAGAUAAAAAUUAGAAAAGCAUUUGCAAAAACCCAUCAAUACUGAGAAAAAUGAGUUUAGCUGGUGAAAAUACUCAAACAGAGACUAAGGAAAACAUAACCGAAUUAGAGGAAAUCGAUGAAGCCGAAGAGGAGGCUUUAUUGAUCGACGAUGAGUAUGACACGGUGCGUACAAAAAUUCCUCCGUCUGAAUACUUUGGCCCACCACCAGCCGUACUCACAGAUGAGGAUUCACUUAUGAAUGAAGCAGCACAGCUGCAAGACGAUGAGAUGGGAGCUGAUGAAGCCGGCUUAAGUGACGAGGAUGAGCAGUUGACCGAGCCAAAGGAAGUAUUGUACUCCCACAUUAACGACGAUGAUAGCGACGACAAUGAAGACGAUGAGUUGGACGAAACGGAAAGAGCAAUUGUGGAAUAUAAAAAGUUGCUAAAAGAAUUGGAUGUAAAUCAGUAUGCUUACGAUAAAUAUUUACAACUCUGCAGUAUAGCACAUACAACAGAUGACUUGGACAUAAUACGAGAGGCAUAUAGUCGCUUUUCUUCUGUAUAUCCCUUGUCACAAGAUUUGUGGCUUAAAUAUUUAAGCAUUGAAAUGAAUGUGGCUCUAUCACCCAAAGAAAUUGAAUUUGUGGAGAGUCUAUUUCGAAAAGCUUUAUCUGACUAUUACUCAACUGCCAUAGCAGUAAAGUUUGCGUCGUUAGCUUCGCGGUGCGCAGAUCGAGACGUGGUGUGGCGAGAGCUGUUGGGUACCUAUGGACUGCACUGCCGAGGUCAACAAUUUUUUAGGCUAUAUCGGCAGUAUCUCGCAAGCAAUUCUUCUAUGAGUUCGGAAGCAAAGCAAGAAGGGUACAUAAAAAGUUAUAUACAAGUUUCGUAUCCCCUCUUUAAUAUGGAAGAGAGCUAUAUCGAGUUUAAAGUAUUUGAACGAAAUAAGGAGCUAUUCGGCAAUGGAGUAAGUUGGGACUCGAUUGACAAAACUUAUUUCAAAGCCAAAGAUCACUUGCAAAAAAUUUUGCAAUUUGAAACGAAACUCAAGGAUUUAGACGCCAAAUGUUACAGGGAGCGUGCUGAGGUCUAUAUAAACUACAUCAAGGAGUCGGACAAAUUCCUUGACGAAAAUGUUUUGCAAACAGUUUAUGAACGUAUGGUGGCCGACUGCUGCUUAAAUAUCGAUUGUUGGUUAACCUAUAUUGACUUUAUUGCAUAUCGCGAUGCAUUCGGGCGCCCGGAAGAAAUGCAAGAUUUACCCGUCUACCGUCAAACAGCAGUGGAUGUUAAUAAACGUGCGCUGCGUAACUGCACAUGGUCAGAAAAGCUAUAUGUAAAGCAUAUGUUACUGCUGGAACAGUUGGGUAAGUCGCGUGAGGAAGUACAAGAAGUCUUGGAGAGUUCGAUGUCAGCUGGUUUCCAAACCGCUGAGCAGGCUGUGGCAGUUUGGAUGGAGUAUUUGACAUAUUUGCGAAGACAUACAAAUUAUGAAAAUGAGGAGGAGUGUGAUAUUCUGCGAAAAAAUUUUAAUUUAGCUUGGACCAUACUCGGACAACAGUGGGGUGUGUUAGCCGAUUGCAAUUGUGAGAUACUCUUGCUUUGGGGCCGUCUAGAAUAUGGACCACUUCGCGAUGCCAAACGCGGACGAGAACUUUGGACGACUGCUAUGGAAAGUGCCGAUAAUGCAACUCGUUCUGGCCUAUGGAUUGAAUUUGCGCAAUUAGAGCUGCUGGGUCGAGAUUUGGAAGCAACAAGAAAAUUGUACCGCAAAGCUCUGCAUUCACCAGCGCUAGAUAAUCCAUCAGUAAUAGCUGCAGCUUGGGAGCGUUUCGAACGCUGUAAUGGCACAACGAAAAGUCUUAGUAAUUGUAAAAAAGAAUGUGUCGAUUUCUUAACUCAGUAUCGCACACAAAUGAAUCAAUUUAAGUCAGAUUCAGUGACAAGUGUUAAAGGUAAUAAAGGUACAAAACGCAAAUCAGCAGCUUCCAUCGAGCCUCCUGUACCGGAUAAGAAAACUAAAUCGCAAACAACAGAGAAAGAUAUGCAACCAAGUGGAAGUGGAGGAGGCGGUGGGAGCGGAGAUGGGCCGGGGUCAAAACGCCUUGAAUCCACCACAUUUAAAGAACAUGAAAACCAAGCAAUAGAUUUGGCUAAAGAUCAUUUACGAAUAUUUCUUAGUAAUUUGGAUUACAGCUUGACUGAAGAAGAUAUUCGUUCCAAUUUGGGAGAUUUAAAAAUUGUUAACGUCACACUCAUACGCUCUGGGAACGGCAAAAGCCGCGGUUUUGGUUAUGCAGAGUUAGAGAGCGAGCUUGAAGUUGAGAAGGCUUUAGCGCUGGAUAGAAUUUCUUUGAAAGGUCGACCGUUGUAUGUAUCCAGCGUACUUCGGGACAAAGAAAAACGUCAAAAAUUUAAAUACUCAGACGACUUGGAACCUAAGAAACUGUUCGUGAAAAGUCUGCCGCCUGACACUAAAAAAGAAGAACUCGAACAAAUAUUUGGUGCAUUUGGAAAGCUGCAAGACGUUCGCUUAGUACAUCACAAGAGUGGCAAGUUUAAGAAUAUUGCAUAUGUAGAGUUCCAAGAUGAGACGGCAGCUGGGAAAGCAGUGCUUGGUACUGAUAACCUUGAACUGCGCGGCCACACAAUUUCAGUUGCUAUUUCUGCGCCCCCACCGAAACCCGCUUCUUCAACGACAAAUGCAAAUAAACUUCUUGCCAUGAGUAAUAAGCGCAGUAAGGCCUUCGAACAGAAGCCACGUAUGUCACUCAUACCAACAGUAGUGCGCAAGCAACUUACCAGUCGUAAAAUCUCAAGUACAGUAAAUAACAAAACUACUAAUGGAGCUGCUCCCUCAAAAACCAAUGAUGAUUUUCGCAAGCUAUUGCAAAAAUGAAGAAUUAUGAAGAUAUGUAAUUGUAAUCGCAAACUAUACUCGUCCGUGAAGUGUUUGAAACAUUAUGAUGGGGUAAGUCCGCGACUCAUACCAUACCAGUAGCACCUGUCUCGCACAGUGAAUUUUAGUGGUUAGAAUUUAAAUGUUUAACAGCAAAAUACAAUAUAAUGUAUUUAACUUGAUUUCAUUUGUGUCCUUCCUCCUAAAAUAAAAAAUCAUUAAUAUAUUUUUUGUAUCAA